AUGCCGUCUCAUUAUGAUUCCCGUGCCAGCGUUUUCACACAGCGCCCACUCUCCCUUAACCACCGACCUCCCCCUCCCUCACCCUUCGCCGAUACCCACACCGCUUAUCACCCCGACUCCCGCAUACCACUUCAAACAGCCGGCACUCGCCGGAAGAGAGCGAGAUUUAUCAUGAUUUCGCCCGUCCCUCGUGAACAUCCUUUCUUUGACCAUCACCAACCUGAGCAGGACAAGGACGAGCAACAUCAAAGCGGCCAACACAAGAACCUACCAAUACGGGAUUCAUCUCUAGACAUUAUUGGCUCUCUAUUUAGCACCUCUCUAGCCAAUGUUGUCCCAUACGAUGGCUCUAUGUGUUCUUUGAAGAUUACCGAGGGGUCGAGCACUGGCCUUGCAGCUGCUCUUCCGGUUUCUAUAUCACCACAGCCUCGCGCCGAGGGUGACUGCGCAAACAAUUGCGAGUAUGAUGAUUGUGGAGAAUGCAGCGAUCGGUGUUUGAUCGAGGUGGAGAUCUGUGACGAGAAGGAAUGCAUUGAAGGGUCAGGCUCGGAUCGAGACUGCCACAGCACACCAUGUCCAGAUGCAGAUGUCUGUCAUGAGACUAUUAUAUGCCAGAAAGACGAUUGUUCUGAGGACCAAAGGUGUUCGGAGAAUUCUUGCAUGGGGACUUACUGCCAUGAAGAUUCUUGUCAGGAAAAGGGGUGUGAGGAGGACAUAUCCCAUCCCUCAUGCCAGUCCGACUGCCCAGUUGAUGGCUGUAGUCGCUCGGUCCUCGGGACUCCUCAGGUUUCCACGUUUGUCAGCGCUCAAACAGAUAACACCAUCGGAUGGUCACCGCCUGCGCGUCAGUCACAUGCGCCGUACUCAAACGUGGAGCCAACCCUUCUAAAUCUGGAUGUUCGCUCUCACUCUCAACCGCUCUCUUAUCCUCUCUCGGCUUCUUCACGCUCGUCAAGUGCCUUCUUUGAAAAUCCUCACGCGGAUUACGAAAAUAACUAUGAGCACUACUCUGCCCCCUCAAAGCGUCGAAGAGUUUCCACGCCAAUGUCAACCUCGAACUAUUGUCCGUACCCAAAACAUCACGCAACAACUGAUGCUAUGCUCAAUGAGUGUGCGCACGAAGUCAACUGCCUUUGGAAUGAUGGUUGCGAUAUGAGAUUCAUGGAUAAUAAUUCUCUGGUGAAUCAUAUUAAUAGCAGUCACAUCAAUUAUAAUGCCGAGCCAGUAUGUCUAUGGUCAGGUUGUGGUCAAGAGGUUCAGGACCAUGGAGUGCUGCUGGACCAUGUUAAGGACCUGCACAUGCCUCAUGUGUAUCAAACUGUCUGUUUGUGGAAGGGCUGUAAUGCUGUUUUCCAGAAUGAUGCAGAUCUCCAAUCGCAUCUACGAACUCACUUGGAGGGACCAACAGAGCAGUGUUUAUGGGGUUCAUGCAAUACCGAAGCCCAUGGAAUUGAUGAUUUGGAAGAACACCUUCACAAUGAGCACUUUACAACGCCUCAUGAUAUUCCUGAGCCCGACACUGAGGCUGAGCCUCCCUCGUCAGAAGCUAGAGCCUGUGAAUGGUUGGAAGUGGGCGCCGAUGGGGGUUCCCACGUUUGUGGGAAGAUGUUUAGUAGUGCCAUAAAGCUUCAACAGCACGCAAAGGAUUGCCAUAUCGCGGCACUGAGAAAAAAGACGGGAUACUUUUGUUUCUGGGAAGGGUGCAAUCGAAAGGACAAGCCUUUUAGUCAGAAGGGGAAGGUCGAAAGGCACAUCCAGACGCAUACCGGCUACAAAAGCUGUACUUGCCCGUUUUGCCAGAAAGAAUUUUCCGCGCCUCAAGCUUUACAGCAGCACAUACGUACUCAUACUGGGGAAAAACCCUACAAAUGCGAUAUUUGCGGCAAGGAAUUUGCCCAAGGGUCUGCUAUGACGAUGCACAAGAGGGUCCAUACUGGAGAGCGACCAUUGCAGUGUGAUUUCCCUGGAUGCGGCAAACGGUUUUCGGAGAGCAGUAACCUCUCCAAGCACCGCAAGAGUAAGUUCUCUCCCUCGACGCGGAGAUGUAGCGCGUGA